AUGCGCUUCCUGCCCUCUCGCCUUGUGGAGUCCAGCCGCAGAGAAAUAUCUCCUAGUCAGAUAGUCAUUGUUCAUAUACUCAUUGAACAAACCAUUCAGCAUCUCUUGUGUGCUCAGUCCACUGCCAAGAAAAGCAAUGGAACAAAAAUGAAAUCCCUUGAAGGGGAUGACCAGCCCUUACAUGUUUGGAUAAUUAAGGACAUGGAUUUGUCAUUUCAGGAGUCAGUGAUGUUCAGUGAUGUUUCCAUAGUCUUCUCUCAGGAGGAGUGGGACUACCUGGACUUGGAACAGAAGGACUUGUACAGAGAUGUGAUGUUGGAGAACUAUAGCAACUUGGUCUCACUGGCUGGAUGUGUCAUUUCUAAACCAGAUGUGAUUUCCUUACUGGAGCAAGGAAAAGAGCCCUGGAAGGUUGUGAGAAAAGGAAGAAGACGAUACUCAGAUUUGGAGACAAGACAUGAGACCAAGAAGUUAUUUUCAGAAAAUGAUAUUUAUGAAAUAAAUUUAUCACAGUGGAAGAUAAUGGAAAAAAUGAAAAACUAUGGCCUUAAGGGCCUUGUUUUGAAAAAUGAUUGGGAAUGCAAAAGUAAAUUUGAAGGACAAGAGGGACCUCAAGAAGAGUAUUCCAGUCAAGUGAAAAUCACCUCUGAAAAAGUGUCCUCUCACCGGAAACAUACAUCUCUUGCUCCAUAUCAGAGAAUUCAUUUUGUUGAGAAACCCUAUGAAUGUAAGGAAUGUGGGAAGGCCUUUAGAGUGCGCCAACAACUUACUUUUCAUCACAGAAUUCAUACUGGUGAAAAACCCUAUGAAUGUAAGGAAUGUGGGAUGGUUUUUAGGCAGACUGCACACCUUACUCGACAUCAGAGACUUCAUUCUGGUGAAAAACUCUAUAAAUGUAAAGAAUGCGGAGAAUCUUUCAUUUGUGGCCCAGACCUUAGAGUACAUCAGAAAAUUCAUAUUGGUGAGAAGCCCUAUGAAUGUAAAGAAUGUGGGAAGGCCUUUAGAGUGCGAGGACAACUUACUCUCCAUCAGAGGAUUCAUACUGGUGAGAAACCCUAUGUAUGUAAAGAAUGUGGGAAAGCCUUCAGACAAUAUGCACACCUUACUCGACAUCAGAAACUUAAUAUUGGUGACAAACUCUAUGAAUGUAAAGAAUGUGGGGAAGCCUUUUUGUGUGGCUCAGGCCUUAGAGUGCAUCACAAAAUUCAUACUGGGGAGAAACCCUAUGAAUGUAAGGAAUGUGGAAAGGCCUUUAGAGUGCGCCAGCAACUAACUCUCCAUCAGAGAAUUCAUACUGGUGAGAAACCCUAUGAAUGUAAAGAAUGUGGAAAGACCUUUAGUCGUGGUUAUCAUCUUAUUCUCCAUCACAGAAUUCAUACUGGUGAGAAACCUUAUGAAUGUAAGGAAUGCUGGAAGGCCUUUAGUCGUUACUCACAACUUAUUUCACAUCAGAGUAUUCAUAUUGGUAUUAAACCCUAUGACUGUAAGGAAUGUGGGAAAGCAUUUAGACUACUCUCACAACUUACUCAACAUCAGAGUAUUCAUAUUGGUGAGAAACCUUACAAAUGUAAGGAAUGUGGGAAAGCCUUUAGAUUGCGCCAAAAACUUACUUUACAUCAGAGCAUUCAUACUGGUGAGAAACCCUUUGAAUGUAAGGAGUGUAGGAAGGCGUUUAGACUUAAUUCAUCUCUCAUUCAACAUCUGAGAAUUCAUUCUGGUGAGAAACCUUAUGAAUGUAAGGAAUGUAAGAAAGCCUUUAGACAACAUUCACAUCUUACCCAUCAUCUGAAAAUUCAUAACGUAAAUAUGCAAGAAUGA